UCAGUUUAUAUUCCAUAAAAAAUCGUGCUUUGGCAUGAUGUUUUCUUCUAAAGCAGUGAUGUGAGAAGGUACUUAUUAAUCAUUUAACAAUCCAUUCUUUUGGAAACAUAAAUCAGCUGCCUUCUUUUGUUAUUACUGUUGCUGAACAAUCCUCUCGCCUCUUCGGUCGUUUUAGCAGGACUUGUACAAUUUCUGAAAUUAUGAGGACUGGUGAGGUUGCAGUGGUUGUUUCAGUUUGAGACCAUGCAAAUGCAAUGAGCUGAAUUCAACUAAAAAUUUGAAAAAAAAUUAACCAAGAAUGAAGUCAUAAUCAGCUCAUUGCAAAGUCCCAAACUGAAAAUAAGAAUUGCUCGUAAUACUUGGAAAUAAAAUAAAAAAAGUAUAUUUUAUCAAGAAUUUUUUUUUGUUUUGUUUUGGUUCCUUGACCUCGUUAAAGAACUUAUCAGUAGAGCAUGGAAAUUUUGUAUUUUUUGCUUCUAUAAACUGGUACAAUUAAAAUCUUAGAGUUGGUUUUUAUAUACAAAUCUUUUUAUCUGAAUGUUUCCAAAAAUUUUGCAUUUCACAGUCAGACCAAAGUACUGAAAUGAUCCUAUUUGAAAUCUGAAAGAAGCAGCUUAAAUCAUGCAGAACAAAUUAGUCAAAUCCAUAAUAAGCAAACAUAUAAUAUAUAUAGGCCCAGUGCGGGCCAUGGCCCUCACUGGGCCUUGGCCCGCACUAAGGCCUGCCCAAAAUCUGCAAACCCUCCCAAGUCCCACCUUCAUUUCCUCUUUCGCUCAAGCGCCCUCCCCCAGCCGCCGCCCACCACCCCCCUGCCCUUCGCUCUUGCCUCGGCCUCGCUCUCACCGCCUCGGUCGUCUCGUCGCUCGCCCUCGCCGGCCGCCGGCUCUCCCUCGGACCUCGGUCUCUCGCAGACUCGCUCUCCCUUGCUGCUGCCUCUCUGAGCUCUCUCGAUUCUCUCGCAGCCUCGCUCUGUCUCUCGCCGGCUCGCCCCUCCUCCGGGUUCCGGCCCUCCGUCGCUCGCUGCCGCCUGCCUGACUGCCUCUCCGCCUCCGCCUCCGGCUCUCCGUCUCGGCCCUGCUUCACGUAAAUCAGUGAGCAGCACAGCAGUUGAGCUAUUACUGGUUCUUGCUGUGUGCUGAGUUUGUCAAAUACACAUGGAGAACCAAGGAGGCAGCAGUGAACCAGUUGACAUUGACAAGACAACUUCAGUGUUGGAACCUGAGAAGAAUAGUGGCAGCGGGUUACAUGUACCAGGGAAAGAUAGAGUAGUGUUUAAACCUCCUGAAAGAAAAUCCAUUCUAGGCUUAGAUGUCCUUGCAAAUGCAAAACGUGGCGGAUCCAAAGUGGAUAGUGCAUUCAAGGUUCCAAGGGAAAGAGUUGCUUCUAUUGCCUCAUCCAUGGAUGAAGAGGAGAACUCUGCUUCCACUGUUAUAGAUGAAGUAGGAAAUGACACAAACAGUAAUGCACGUGGCUAUGCUGGUAGGAGGUAUCGUGAAACAUCUUCCAGUGAGGCAUCUUACUUAGUGACUAAUGUGACUGAAGAACAAGUAGACACACCAAGGAUGCAUCUCUCCAAUGAUCGAAUCCGCUCUGAGAUUGUAGCUGCAUCCACUGGAAGCUCUGGAAGUACUCGAUCCUGGAGCCCUGGGUAUGACACCAAUGACCUUGGUGGGGGGAGAAGCUAUUCCAAGGAGGACCCUAAAAGUGAAGGUCGGGGGUUGAGGAGCAGACGUAGUGAUUAUGAAGAUAAGAAUCGAGGAGCUUCACGUAGUCGAUAUGAAAGAGAGUACAGAGGGGAUUAUGUAAGAAAACGAAGUAGAUAUGAAGGUUCAAGGGAUACACCUGGAAGAACUGACUGGGAUGAUGGAAGAUGGGAAUGGGAUGACACACCACGCCGGGAUAAUUAUUCUAAUUCCAGCAGGCGCCAUCAACCUUCUCCAUCACCAAUGUUUCUUGGAGCCUCUCCUGACGCACGGUUGGUUUCCCCAUGGUUGGGUGGACAGACACCCAGAUCAGGCCAUGCUGCUUCUCCUUGGGACACUGUAUCUCCAUCCCCAGUUCCAAUUCGGGCAUCUGGCUCUUCUGUUAGAUCUUCUACUUCUCGGCACAGUGGGAGGUCCCGCCAACAUACUUUCUCGUCUGAGAAUUCACAUCCAUCUGAGGGUGGACAAGAUGAAAAGAGCUUUAUCUCUGAAGACAACAAUUUAGAAAUUACUGAGAGCAUGCGGUUGGAAAUGGAAUACAAUUCAGACCGUGCAUGGUAUGAUAGAGAAGAAGGCAAUACUAUGUUUGACGCAGAUAGUUCAUCAUUUUUUCUUGGUGAUGAAGCAUCUUUCCAGAAGAAAGAGACAGAGUUGGGCAAAAGACUGGUCCGGAGGGAUGGAACAAAGAUGACACUUGCUCAGAGCAAAAAGUUAUCACAGCUCACAGCAGAUAAUGCUCAAUGGGAGGACAGGCAACUGCUGAGAUCUGGAGCAGUUAGAGGUACUGAAGUACAGACAGAAUUUGAUGAUGAGGAUGAAAGGAAGGUUAUUCUGCUUGUUCAUGAUACAAAGCCUCCUUUCCUGGAUGGAAGGAUAGUUUUCACCAAGCAAGCAGAGCCAAUAAUGCCAUUGAAGGACCCAACUUCAGAUAUGGCUAUAAUUUCCAGGAAAGGAUCUUCUCUGGUACGGGAAAUUCAUGAGAAACAAAGCAUGAACAAGUCACGUCAACGUUUUUGGGAGCUUGCUGGCUCAAAACUUGGUGAUAUCCUUGGCGUUGAGAAGACAGCAGAACAGAUUGAUGCAGACACCAGUGUAGUAGGUGAAGAAGGCGAAGUUGAUUUCAAAGAAGGUGCAAAGUUUGCAACACACAUGAAGAAGGGGGAAGCAGUGAGUGACUUUGCAAGGUCAAAUACACUAGCUCAGCAGCGGCAGUAUCUGCCUAUUUUUUCUAUACGAGAUGAAUUAUUGCAGGUAAUUCGGGAAAAUCAGGUGGUGGUGGUGGUUGGAGAAACUGGUUCUGGAAAAACAACUCAGCUGACUCAGUAUCUGCAUGAAGACGGGUACACAAUAAAUGGCAUUGUGGGUUGUACCCAACCUAGACGUGUAGCAGCCAUGAGUGUUGCCAAGAGAGUGAGUGAGGAAAUGGAAACUGAACUGGGUGAUCGAGUCGGAUAUGCCAUUCGCUUUGAGGAUGUGACUGGACCUCAUACCGUAAUCAAGUACAUGACUGAUGGUGUGUUGCUACGCGAAACCCUAAAAGAUGCUGAUCUUGACAAGUAUCGUGUUGUUGUAAUGGAUGAGGCACAUGAGAGAUCACUUAACACAGAUGUGCUUUUUGGGAUUCUUAAAAAGGUUGUUGCUAGGCGUCGUGACUUCAAGCUUAUUGUGACAUCUGCAACUCUAAAUGCACAGAAAUUUUCAGAUUUUUUUGGAAGUGUACCAAUUUUCCACAUCCCCGGAAGAACAUUCCCAGUAACUACUUUGUAUAGUAAAACCCCAUGUGAAGACUAUGUUGAAGCUGCGGUGAAGCAGGCCAUGACUAUCCAUAUCACAAGUCCUGCUGGUGACAUACUUAUCUUCAUGACUGGCCAAGAUGAGAUUGAGGCAACAUGUUACGCACUUUCAGAGCGAAUGGAACAGCUUGUAUCAUCCGCCAAAAAGGCUGUUCCAAGACUCCUGAUUCUACCUAUAUACUCCCAGCUGCCAGCUGACUUGCAAGCAAAAAUAUUCGAGAAAGCUGAAGAAGGGGCACGGAAAUGCAUUGUUGCUACAAACAUUGCUGAGACAUCUUUGACUGUAGAUGGAAUCUUCUACGUCAUUGACACAGGCUAUGGCAAAAUGAAGGUGUACAAUCCACGUAUGGGUAUGGAUGCUUUACAAGUUUUCCCCGUUAGUCGUGCUGCUGCUGAUCAGCGUGCCGGACGUGCUGGUAGAACCGGGCCUGGAACUUGUUACCGUCUUUAUACUGAAAGUGCAUACCAAAAUGAAAUGCUUCCAAGUCCAGUGCCUGAAAUUCAGAGGACUAAUCUUGGGAAUGUCGUCCUUUUGCUGAAGUCUCUCAAAAUUGAGAACUUGUUGGAUUUUGAUUUUAUGGACCCGCCUCCACAGGAUAACAUCCUUAAUUCCAUGUACCAGUUAUGGGUCUUGGGUGCCCUCGACAAUGUUGGAAACCUGACAAAUCUUGGUUGGAAAAUGGUGGAGUUCCCGUUAGACCCACCCCUGGCUAAGAUGCUUUUGAUAGGAGAAGAGCUGGAAUGCAUAAAUGAAGUUCUGACAAUUGUUUCAAUGCUUUCAGUACCGUCAGUGUUCUUUAGGCCUAAAGAUAGGGCAGAGGAGAGUGAUGCUGCCAGGGAAAAAUUUUUUGUGCCAGAAUCGGACCAUUUGACACUGCUUAAUGUGUACCAGCAAUGGAAAGCUAAUCAGUAUCGGGGGGAUUGGUGUAAUGACCAUUUUCUCCAUGUUAAGGGGCUCCGAAAGGCUAGGGAGGUGAGAUCCCAAUUGCUAGAUAUUCUUAAAACCCUCAAAAUCCCACUAACUUCAUGUGGCCCCGAUUGGGACAUUGUGAGAAAAGCCAUCUGCUCUGCAUACUUCCACAAUGCUGCAAGGCUUAAAGGUGUCGGAGAGUAUGUUAAUUGCAGGAAUGGGAUGCCAUGUCACUUGCACCCCAGCAGCGCUCUUUAUGGUUUGGGUUACACUCCAGAUUAUGUGGUUUAUCAUGAGCUGAUACUGACAACGAAGGAAUACAUGCAGUGCGCAACAGCUGUUGAGCCCCACUGGUUGGCUGAGCUUGGGCCCAUGUUUUUUUCGGUUAAGGAGUCGGACACCUCAAUGUUGAAGCAUAAGAAAAAACAGCAGGAAGAGAAAACAGCAAUGGAGGAGGAGAUGGAGAAUUUGAGGAAGGCCCAAGCAGAGGCAGAUAUAGAGAGAAAGAGGAGGGAGAAGGAUACCAAGCAACAACAAAAAGUCUCAAUGCCAGGGUUGCGGCAAGGCUCUUCAACUUACCUGAGACCUAAGAGGCUUGGCUUGUAAAUGUUGUAUCAUUUAGUUGAAAUACUUUUAUUGGCAAGAGCUACCAUUGUGCCAAUCCUUCCAAUUUUAAAUGAAUUGGCCAUCGAAAAAGUGUACAGUGUAUAAGAGUAAAUUUGGAAGACAGGAACAUAGUAAAAAGUAGUGUACAGUGUACGCCAUCAACGAAUGAGGCAAUGCUGUACUAUAUAUGACCUUCGACGUUCUAGACGCGUGCAGUUUUGUGGAUGAUUGGCCAACUGUUUUUCACUAUAUGGAUAGACUUAAGAUAUUGAAAUUUUAAUAUUCUUAGAAGAUCAAAUUCGCAAUUGACGAGGACUGGGAGCCAGGAACAAGAAUGUUUAGAUUUGUCUUCAUUCAUGUAUGUUGUGUACAGUGUAUAAGAGUAAAUUUAGAAGAGGGGGGAACCUAGUAAAAAAUAGUGUACAGUGUACGCCAUCAAAGAAUGAGGCAAUGCUGUACUAUAUGAUCUUUGACGUUCUAGACGCGUGCAGUUUUGUGGAUGAUUGGCCAACUGUUUUUCACUAUAUGGACAGGCUUAAGAUAUUGAAAUUUUAAUAUUCUUAGAAGAUCAAAUUCGCAAUUGACGAGGACUGGAAGCCAGGAACAAGAAUGUUUAGAUUGUCUUCAUUCAGGAAUGACGUGAACUCAAGGGCUGAGCCAAGUGAGGCCCAGUAGGGGCAGUUGCCCACACUGGGCCAGAUAAAAAAGUAUUCUGGUUUUAUUUUUGACGAAGGCCCAAGGCCCACCCCAUUAGGGCUCCCACUCCCAGCUUCCUUUCUCCUCCUCUUCUUCUUCUGCUUCCUGCUUCCCGUUACAGUCUCUCUCUCUCUCUCUUCCAAGCGCAAAUCCAUCCGUUCGAUCUGAGAUCCGGCCGCAUUUUCACCGUGAAAGCAACCCCGAUCUAUAAGAAGGUAAGGCUUUUAGUUUCAUCACUCCUAUUUUCAGCAUAGAUUCGUGAUAUAUAUAUAUAUGUAUAUACGUGCGAUUGGAUUUGGCUGAAAGUUUAAGCUUAGAUCUAUGGAGAUUCGGCCAUUGGAUCUUGCUGGUUUUUGGGUAUGUUGGUCGAUGGGGGUAAGGGUGUCGGGUGUUUGCCACUGAUCGCCAGAAAACCACCGGCCGCAGUGGCCGGUGCCGACUGGCUGUUUUUUCGUUUUGAUCGAAAAUUAAAAACCAGAUCUACGGAAAUCCAGCCGUUAGAUCUGGCCCAUUUUUGGAUGUAUUAACCCCCUUGGCUUGGCGUUUCAAACGGUAGGAUUUGAUGGUGGAAAUCGCCGGCCGGUACUGGUCGCCGGCGGCCGCGGAUGUGGCUGGUAUUUGCUGCUGUUUUUCUUGGAUAUAAAAUACUAAUAAUUGAUUGUUUA